CGAGGCGGGGAGGGGACAAGGAUGCUCCGGGGGUGGCUUUUUGCUUCCUCGCCUGCCCGGAGCUCUCAGGGGCUCGCCUGGAGGAUGUCUCACCCCCUCGGCACAGGUCUCACUGCCGGGGCGAGUUCAGAGCAUGCUGCUGAGGGCCACCCCCAGGAGGUUCCUGGAGCAACACCUUCUCUUCGUGGAGAGCGCAGAGCGGCAGCCCCCGGCUCGGGAAUCGCUCCCGAAUCCAUUCAUGACUGAGGAACCCCCAGCCGAGCCGGACCUGCCGCCCUCCAACCUGACCAACGCCACGGACUGCGGCGAGGAGAUCCUGCUCUAUGGGGACACCGAGAAGGUCGUCAUCGGGGCCGUGCUCUCCAUCAUCAUCCUCAUGACCAUCGCCGGCAACGGGCUCGUCAUCAUCUCCGUGUGCAUCGUCAAGAAGCUCCGCCAGCCCUCCAACUACCUGGUGGUGUCCCUGGCGGCCGCAGACCUGUCGGUGGCCUUCGCCGUCAUGCCCUUCGUCACCAUCACGGACCUGGUGGGGGGAGAGUGGCUCUUUGGGAAGGUGUUUUGCAACGUCUUCAUCGCCAUGGACGUCAUGUGCUGCACGGCCUCCAUCAUGACCCUGUGCAUCAUCAGCGUGGACAGGUACCUGGGCAUCACUCGCCCGCUGACGUACCCGGUGAGGCAGAACGGGAAGCUCAUGGCCAAGAUGGUCUUCAUCGUUUGGCUGCUGUCUGCCUCCAUCACCCUCCCUCCCCUCUUCGGCUGGGCCCAGAACGUCACGGUGGAGAGGGUGUGUCUCAUCAGCCAGGACUUCGGCUACACCGUGUACUCCACGGGCGUGGCCUUCUACAUCCCCAUGGCCGUGAUGCUCGUCAUGUACAGCCGCAUCUACAAGGCGGCCAAGGUGAGCGCCGAGAAGCACCGCUUCAUGAACUUCCCCAAGCACUACGAGGAGGAGGGAGUCUACUGCCUGGAGGCCUCCAGCCGGGGCCACCACAGCUCCCGGCGGACCAAGGCGGCGGAGGAGUGCGCCACGCUCUCCAAGCUGCUCCGGCAGGACAGGAAGAACAUCUCCAUCUUCAAGCGGGAGCAGAAGGCGGCCAGGACCCUCGGGAUUAUCGUGGGGGCCUUCACGUUCUGCUGGCUGCCCUUCUUCCUGAUGUCCACGGCCCGGCCGUUCAUCUGCGGCGUGCGCUGCAGCUGCAUCCCGCUGCGGCUGGAGAGGACUCUGCUCUGGCUGGGGUACACCAACUCCCUCAUCAACCCCCUCAUCUACGCCUUCUUCAACAGGGACUUGAGGACUACUUUCUGGAACCUCCUGAGGUGCAGGUACAGGAACAUCAACAGGAGGCUCUCGGCCGCCAGCAUGCACGAGGCCCUGAAAGCCACAGAGAGGCACGAGUGCAUCCUGUAGAGCCACGUCCUCUCUCCCAGUGCCUGACCAACCGGCUCCUGCCUCUCCAUUUCAGGUUUCCUUGCUUCUCCCGCCCUCCUGGGGCUGGCAGAAACCAUUUGUGCCGUUGUUCCCCCCCUGCCAGACAUCACUGCACCCCUUCCCCUCUCCCUGUGAGGAGCCGUGGCUCUCCUCACCUCGGGAACAAGUGGAGGGAACUCCCCUCGGGAACAAGUGGAGGGAACUCCCCUUGGAAACAGCCCUUCCUUCUCACCGUGUCCAAGGUGGGGGCUGAAAAGCUGUGAGCAAGACUGGGGGGGGUUCAAGGUCUACCAACUGUGGGCAACUCAAACCACCUCUCUGUGCCUCAGUUUCCCCAUCUGUUAUUUAAAAAAAAAAACAAGGAAAAGAAACCCUCCCAGCCAACCAAACGUAAAAAACACCCUAAAAACUUGAUAAGACUGUGGCUCUCCACCUUCACAAAGGGCUCUAAGGUCUGUGGAGGGCACACAUUACACUAUGUAAAGAUGCCAUUGGCUGCACUUCUCUAUGGAAUACGACAGCAGCUCCGUUGUGGAUCCAAGCUCUCAUGCCAUCCCAGCUUAUACGGACUCUCCCCACGGAUGUAAUUGCAUUUCACACUCUGAGCUCAUGCCCAGGUUUGCACGUCAGAGCAGUAACACCAAUGACCCCGUUUCCCCUCACACUGUAGCACUGCAGCACUUGAAGGAGACACUCCUGCAGAAUCCAACGCCAAUGGACACAGAGCUUCCUUUAUGGUUGGACAGGAAAGUCCGGCAGCCUCCUCGUCAGGGCAAUGACCGGUGAGCAAAGACACUCGUGUUUAUUGGGUUGGACUGUAAUUCCUUCUCAGCCAAGUGAUGUGUGCUCAUCAUUUGUGGCUAAUUGACUCUGUAAAAGCACGCUUUGGUUGACAACAGACAAAACCAUAUAAUUUCUCUGACAGCUUUACAGUGCUUCAGUAUGAUGUCCAGCAAGCUUGAAAAAAUACACUGGAUGAUGUAUCUUUUUUAAAAAAAAA